UGGUGUACAUUAAUUAAAAAGUUUAUUUUUAAUAUUUUAUGCCGAACUUUAAUGCAAAUGUAAGUAUGUUGCUCGAAACUGAAAUCAUUACCUACUCGGCCACCGUUGUUGCCACUUCCAUUUUAAUGUUGUUUAUUGGCGUCUAUGUUUCUGCCAUUGUCUCAAAGAAAGUUAUUCCUAAAUACUAUGAAGAAAUGUCAGAAGAAGACAAAUGGACGUGGAAAAUAAGUUUUGCGUCUAUUAUUAGUGCUCUAAUAAUUGGACCGAGUGCUACAUAUAUACUCUUAACAGAAGACUUACGAAGCGACAUGUUUUGGUAUGAUAGCCAUGCUACCCGACUUUUGUCAUCAUUCGUAAUCGGAUACAUGAUUUCCGACAUGUUACUUCUGGUGUAUUGUGAUACUCAGAAAAUGAAAACCCAAUAUUAUUGGCAUCAUGUUGCGGCAAUAAUUGGCUGUGGAAUGGUGGUGGUAAAUAAGGUGUAUGCAUUUCACACUUGCUUACGAAUGUUCAACGAUAUAUCUACACCAUUUAUGCAUACAAGGUGGGCACUUUUAACGUGGGAAGAAAAAGAUAGUCCCGCAUACAUAAUAACGGUCUCAUUUUCACGGUACUAUUUUUCAUCGGUCGGAUUGCCACUAUUCCGUUCUGCUAUAGCGCAAUAUUGAACAACACCGGAACUGAAGCCUUUUCCAGAAUAUCUACAUUGAACAAGAUCAUUUUUCUCUCCGCUACGGUCGUGUUUGACAUACUUAACGUGUAUUGGUUCUCUUUGAUCAGCAAAGCAGUUAUAAAGACAUUAUUAAGAAAGAAAAAAUCGACUUAAAAUUGAUAUCGCGCAAAGCAAUGGAUUGAAAUAGGAUUCCAAGUUCACAUAGGUAAACUGUUGCCAUGCAUGGGAAAGGCCAAAUUGUGUUUUAUAUAAAUAUAUUACUUGCAAUUCAAUUUUAUCUCGAGUGUAUUUGAUUUAUUUGCUUUGCCGUCGGAAGAUUAUCUAACUGGAAACUGGAAUAUUUCUUUUUUAAUUCUAUGAUAAAAUUACAAGAUUUUGACAAGAUCACAAAGCAUCCAUGUUUUAGAUGUGGAAUAAUAUACAAUAACAUAUGAAUGCCGCGUAUUGGGAAACCUGAAACAAAGUGAAGAUAUGAAAACAUACAAAUACAUGUUUUCGAAAACUGAAUGAUAAUCGAGCGGCUGAAUUCAGUACUGUGAUACCCACAAAUAGACUAAUUGGCAAGAUAAAUAUACCUUUCUGUCUGAAUAUUUAUUUCUCCAAUGACAGUCUUAAUUAAAAGACCUUAUUCGUCAAAAUGUAUAAAAUUUCACAAAUUCAGGACUACUAUGAUGAUUCUCUUUGGUAAAACAAUCAAAUUCCUUUAAAUACUAAACGUUUCUAUGGGGAACCUCGGUUUGUCAAUUCAUAAUGAUAAUCCGAUUCAUCAGUAUGCAGUUUUCGUUACAAUAUAGAUUUAAGCGGAGUGCUUCAAGUCUUGCUUUCACCAUAUAUGCAGUGGCGCUGAAUGCCACAGGUAAGGGUAUCAGCGAAAACUCCGGUUUUGACACUGGAUUUGACAAAAAUUUUAAAUUUGACAACGGAUAAAAAAAAAUCAGACUACAACUUUUUUUUCUUUUUCAUUCUAAAUAUAAUUGUUGAUUUUAGUUGGUUAGAUUCGUGAUAAUAAGUGUAAACAGUCAAAUAUAGUUACAAGAUAGCAAUACUCAA